UUUGUUUUUGUUUUUUUUUUAAUUAGCUUUUUGUAUGGUUGUUAUCUUUAACCCAAAAUAGAUGGUUGCAGUGGAUUAUGAAAAAGGGAAGUGAGAGCUCUCUAAAUAGGGCAUGAUCUGCUUGGCUCUGCUAGAGGAAGAAGAGAUCCUUCUCUUCUUUACUGUUAGCAAGCAUGAGGCAGGGAGACUAAAACUCAAGACCUAGCCGUGGAAAAAAUAUUUUUCACUACUACUUGGAAAUCUGGAUGAUGAUUCUUUUUUGAGGUGUCAUCUUUUUCUGCAGAAAAAUCCCCUGUUAUCUCAGCCUUGUGAUUACUAGUUUUUCUUUCCAUGAAGCCUGUGAAGCAAAUGAUUGUAUGAGUGUAAACCAGUCCUUCUGCUUGAACUAGUAUGCCAUGGUUUUAUUUGUUUUGCUUUUUUUAAUAGACUGCUACAGAACGCUGUGAAAUUGUCAUCAGUGGUAAACACAGGUUCAAGAAACAUGACAACUUUAGGGAUUAUAUUGAGGUGGUUUUGAUGGUUUUGUGUGAUGUAACCAGGAUAAAUACAAGGAGUGGUUUUGCAAAGUGAACAGUAAUGGAGUAUAUGAGCACGGGUAGUGAUAGCAAAGAGGAGAUUGACUUGUUGCUAACUAAUUUAAAUAUGUCUGAGGUGAUAGACAUCAUGGAAAACCUUUAUCCAGCUGGAGACCUUGCAGUCUAUGAAGACAGCUUAAUUGCAAUGUGUGAAGAAGCAAAUCAGAAUGAAGAAAGUGCAGAAUCUUUACUGUUUUGUGAAAGGGAGGUUUCUUUGAUGUCAUCUGUCAAAUACGGGACUGUGGAAGACCUGCUUGCAUUUGCAAAUCAGGUGUCUAACACUGCAAAACAAUUUAAAGGAUGCAGACAGCAAGAAUCUGGAAUCCUCUUGAAUAUGAUCACACCCAAGAACGGGCGCUACCAAAUUGACUCAGAUGUGCUCCUGUUUCCAUGGAAGCUAACUUACAGGAACAUUGGCUCUGAUUUUAUUCCUCGGGGAGCUUUUGGGAAGGUGUACUUAGCCCAAGAUAGAGAAACCAAGAAACGAAUGGCAUGCAAACUGGUCCCAGUGGAACAGUUCAAACCCUCGGAUGUUGAAAUACAGGCAUGUUUCCGUCAUGAAAACAUUGCUGAAUUAUACGGUGCUAUUUUGUGGGAUGAGACGAUCCAUCUCUUUAUGGAAGCUGGAGAGGGAGGAUCUGUCAUGGAAAAGCUGGAGAGUUGUGGUCCUAUGAGAGAAUUUGAAAUCAUUUGGGUGACAAAGCAUAUUCUGAAAGGACUUGACUUUCUCCACUCCAAGAGGAUUAUCCACCAUGAUAUCAAACCAAGCAACAUUGUCUUUAUGUCAACUAAGGCUGUUUUGGUGGAUUUUGGCCUAAGUGUUCAAAUGACUGAAGACAUUUACUAUCCCAAAGACCUCAGAGGAACAGAGAUCUACAUGAGCCCUGAAGUUAUCCUUUGCAGAGGCCACACAACAAAAGCGGACAUCUACAGCAUGGGAGCUACCAUUAUUCAUAUGCAAACUGGCAUCCCACCCUGGGUGAACAGAUAUCCUCGUUCUGCAUAUCCAUCUUACCUCUAUAUUAUACACAAGCAAGCCCCCCCUUUAGAGGACAUUGCUGAAGACUGCAGCACUGCCAUGAGGUUGAUGCUAGAAGCAGCUCUAGAAAGGAAUCCUAAUCACAGGCUGUCUGCAGCAGACUUACUGAAGCACGAAGCUUUACACCCACCCCCAGAAGAACAGCCGCGGUGCCAGAGUCUGGACUCGGCAUUGUUUGAACGAAAAAGACUACUUGCAAGGAAGGAGCUGCAGUUGCCAGAAAACAUUACAGAUUCCUCGUUGUGUACCGGGAGCAUGGAAGAGUCGGACCUGCUAAAGAGGCAAAGAUCACUCUACAUAGAUCUUGGAGCUCUAGCUGGUUACUUCAAUAUUGUUAGGGGACCACCAGCCUUGGAAUACGACUGACCCAGGAACAUUUUAUAUUGGCAGGUCAGAAAUGGACCUCUACCUCUUAAAACUUGAUUUUAAGACUUGAUUUUCAAAUUUGUACAUAAAAAUAUUGCCAUUGUAGGCUGUCAAAUGUGAAUAGUGUUUAAUUGCACAGAUUAUUAAGCUAAACCCUUAGGGGCUCUGAUAAGCUGAUCCCAAGCAUUUAUGCAUCUGCUGGUUGACCAACAAGAAGAUGGCAAAAAGAACACUGCUGGGAACAUCUUCGUCUGGGAUAUCUUCUUGUGCUGUGACUCGCACUUUCAUAAAACUUACAAUAUAUGCUUGCAAAUACUGCCAUGGAAAGAUAGUAACAAUUGAGCACGUGGGAUGUAAGAUUCAGUCUCUCUGAGCUGUCCUUAGAGAACCUUCCAAAAGAAAAAAAAAGUCCAUGAUGUAACCAGUCAAAGAGUGGUUCAGUCUUGUUCUGUCUUUGAGACUGGGCCGGUCUCUGGUCAUGCUUAGUGGAAAUCAGGGCCUCCUUUAUGCUGAACUAAUUUCUGUCAUAUAUCUCUGGAGCCAAAAUGUCACUUGGUUACUGAUGUGUUUUGACUUUGCAUCUUCCCUGGGCUGUUGGAGCUAAACAGGGUGUUGUCCCCCUCUUUAUGGGUGGAGGGAAUUCUGUAGUGGUUAGUUUUGGGAAUAGCACAGCAAGCUUGCCCUGACAAAGCACAACAGCGACUCAACCCAAUUUCUAUGUUACAGGUACUGCAAGGAUAUCCUGGGUAGUUCUCAAAGGUAGAUCGAAUGUUAUUCCAUAUUGGUAACAGUGGGCAGGCUCCGGACUCUUGCUUUUUAAUACUUUAAAAUUGUACACGUGUAUAACUGCUGAGUGCUAUGGUUUGGAAAGCAUGUCACUAGUGACAGGCUGUGUUCAUGUUCCUAUGGAAAUGGAAUUAUAUUGUUGUUGCUGUGCCUCGUGCAUUUGAAACACGAUGUUUUGGAUAAUAGUAAAACUAUGUAAACUGCAUAGUUCUGUACAUCCCAUGGGAUGAGAACGUAAACUUUUAUAAAACUCUCUUUGAUGCUUAGGAUGACUCUUUAUAAGCAUUUGUGUUAAAAUGGCAUACUAUGUAUGUUGUACACUGAAUCUUUUCUGAAGCACAGUCUCUUUUUCGUAUGUUUAUUAUUUAAUGCGGCUCCUUUCUAACACAUGAUCUUAAAGAGAUAAUUUCUAGUUUGAUACUGAUAUGGUCAAAGGAAUAAAUCUAGCCUAGUGCCUUGAGAA